UUAAUAGUACACUGUGAUGAUGCUUAUAAGUACACAAAUUCUAGCUUCCUAUGUCCAUGAAAAUCCAAAACCAACCAGAAUUUCUCUCAAAGCAUCUAUUGGGUGCUAUAAAUUAUUUAGAUAUUUAGGUUUAACUCGGAACUCUGCUUUCUACUGAGUUCAACAUCUCUUCUUCGUCGAGUGUUUGAGAGAAAGUUGUGUUUUUUCCAGUGAAUAAUCAAAGGAAAGUGUUCGAUUUUCGUGGGUUGGAAAUGUAUGCAGAGACCGAGCUGUUUUUCCCUGACAUGCAGAACUUUGCUCAAGAUUUUGAGCUGUUUGAAGAGUGCUGCAAAACCCAGAAACCCAAUGCCUCAAUGAAAGAACUGGUUCAGACCUCCGCAGCUGAAUAUAACCUUGAAGAGGAAGUUGAUAUGUUCAGAGCUCUAGAUCCGAUCAUCGAAGAACCAAUUGUUGGCCUUGAUCCCAUGACUGCAGCCAUGUGCGGUGAAGAUGUCAUUACUUCAGAAGGACUUAAGGCCGCAGAUAUCGAAUCAUUUCCAAAUGAGCAACUUCUAGAUGUUCUCUGUGAGUACGAGAAGGAUCUAAUGGCAAACGCAGCAAUACAAGCGCCACUGGCUGCGGUUCUGGAUUUUGAGACUCCUGUUGUGGAGAUAGAUGAAAACCUAAAUCAAGAAAAUGAAUUGCUUGGCGAUGCAUCGUUCCAGAAAAGGGUGAGCUCGGGUGGUUUAAGUUCAAUGGGAUCUCUGCAAGGGGCUGCAAUCAAGCCUAAUUUUCUGGAUUUCCCCGUAAUGGAUUUCGGUUCUGUUUAUACGAUGAGGAGAGCAUUUAGUGAAGGAGAUAUCAAGACACUCGGCAACGGUAAUCUGAGCGGCGUCAUCCAUUCUCCCGUCGAGCAGCCAUUAACCGUCAGCAGCUGUUCUACUGAAGAUCGAAGGGAAAAGCUCUCUAGAUACAGGAACAAGAAGACCAAGAGGAACUUCAGAAGGAAAAUCAAGUAUGCUUGCAGGAAAGCUCUUGCCGACAGUCAACCGAGGAUACACGGAAGGUUCGCAAAGAUCGAAGAAUCCGAUAACUCCAAGAGGAAAUUGCUGUUGAGUAAUUAAACAACCGCCAAGUAAAAUCCGAAUGAGGUUGCUAGGUCCGACGAGGUAACGGAAAACAACGAGCAGUAGUAUCCUUUGCGGAAUCCGUAGACGGGUAAUUCGGAAUAAGCCAUAUAAACGAGCUCUUGAGUAGUAG